AUGGGAUCUAUCAGUUCCAAAGACUCUCACAAAGCCCUGCAGCCAACCGACCCCAAGGGCCCAACAGGCAAGCUAGCUAACUGGAUUCACGAGGUCACUCUAGAUGAGGUCCCACACGAUGUCAAAACGCGUGCAAAGUAUUUGCUUCUUGAUGGACUCGCCUGUCUACUUGUCGGCGCUCAUCUCCCGGGUUCUGAAGUUGCUGCUCAUGCCAUAUUCGACAUGGAGGCACCGGGCAACUGCACCGUGUAUGGAUGGGGUGGGCAAAAACUCGGCCCGUUGCAAGCGGCAUUGCUGAAUUCGACUUUCAUUCAAGGAUUCGAGUUGGAUGAUUGGCAUUCGGAGGCGCCUUUGCACAGCAACAGUCUGGUUCUUCCUGCCAUGCUAGCCGCAGUGGAGCAUGAUCGGUCAAUUGGACUGCUCUCGUCCGGCCGCAAAGCUGUGACAGGCUUAGAGCUCCUUCUUGCCACCAUUGUUGGUUAUGAGGUUGGCCCGCGUGUUGGACUCGGGUUACAUGGUGCCCACGUGCUCACUGUCGGCUGGCACUCGGGAGCAGUGUUUGGUCCCUCUGCCGCGGCUGCGGCAAGCUCCAAACUUCUCGGCCUAUCACCGAACCAGAUCGAAGACGCUUUAGGGAUUGCGUGUACCCAAGCUGGUGGGCUCAUGUCGGCCCAGUAUGAAAGCGAAGUCAAGCGGAUGCAGCACGGCUUCGCCACCCGCAAUGGUUUAUUAGGCACUCUGCUAGCCCGUAACGGAUACACCGGCAUUAAACGAGUGUAUGAGCAAAAGUAUGGCGGUUUCCUGACAUGCUUUAGCCGGGGCAACGGUAUGGUUCCGGAGUGCAUCCCUGAUGAAGUAUCAAGAGAGCUCGGCACGACCUGGAAGACAGAAGGCAUUCGGGCAAAAGCGUACUCGUCGAUGGCCGGAACGCAUUGCACAGUGGACUGUCUGCGCGAUUUGCAGGAGAAAUACCCAUCUCACAUGAGCGACUUCAAACGCAUCAAGCACAUCCAAAUUGAAAUGGGUGAAGCGUCUUUCCAUCAUGGUGGAUGGGAAGCUACACGACCUCUAACUGUAACAGGAGCUCAGAUGAACAACGCAUACGUCGGUGCCACUCAGCUCAUUGACAAGACUGUCUUGCCCACUCAAUUCCGAAAUGACAAGCUCGACCGAGACGAAAUCUGGGAACUCGUAUCCAAGACGACAUGCCAUCUCAGUCACGAGUUUAAGCAGAGAUUCGCCCAGCGCGUCACGGUGGAAUUUGUCGAUGGCAACAAAUUGGCCGCGGUUCGGGAUGGUCCUCGAGGUGUAAGUCCCGAACUCUCGAAUCAGGACAUAUUGGAAAAAUGGCGGAUGCUUACUCAAGCCGUCAUUGAUGAUGCGAGGAGAGAGAAGAUCGAGAGGUUAGUGUUGAAAUUGGAGUGCUGCGAGGAUGUUCUGGAUUUGGUCGAACUGUUGACGCCAGCGUCCAAGAACCCGCUGACUUGA